UCAAAUCUGAGAAGAAGCUACAUUUUCAAGUAGAUACUUUUUGUUUUACCGGAACUUACUAUAUCAAGUAGUAUUUACUGAAAGUACCUACUUCUUGUAGUAGAUGCUACUAAUUUGAAGAGGAAUUUAGUAUAUGCUUGACUUUUGCGAAGUUGGUAUAAGUGCAACUUCAGAGAGAAUACUACGGUUUAGUAGAGAAAACGUAUCUUACCUAGCGAAUAUAUUUCUCCCAGAAGUAAAUGAAACUCGAGGCGGUGCUCUUACACACAUCCAACAAAUGGAAGUAUUUUUAAGAAGCUUAGGAGACCCUGGAUUUCAGCUAGGCGUUGGACUUGAUGUUGGGAUUCAUCAAACAACCGUUUCAAAAAUUAUUGAUGAGGUAUCACGUGAAAUCUGUAGCAAGAAAAAUCAGUGGGUUAAAUUCCCUGCUACGGGAGCUAUGUUCAACAGAGCUAAAGAUGAAUGGGCAGCACAUAAUACAAUACCUCAUGUCAUUGGCGCCAUUGACUGCACUCACGUGAAAAUUAUAAAACCAUAUGUACAUGGCGAUGAAUAUAUCAACAGAAAAGGAGUUUCUACAAUAAAUGUACAAGCAACAUGUAAUAGCAGAGAAAUGUUUACCAGUGUUGAUGCUUCCUGGCCUGGGUCUGUUUAUGAUUCUAGAAUAUGGUACAAUAGUCCUAUUUACCCUAUUAUGUAUAAUAAUCAAAAAAGAAUUUGUCUUUUGGGUGAUUCUGGAUAUGGUGUAACUCCUUGGAUGCUUACACCUUUCAAAGAUCCCAUAACAAACAUUCAAAAGUAUUUUAACAGAAUACAUGCAAGAGAACGUGUGAUUAUAGAAAGAUGCUUUGGCCAGUUAAAAACAAGAUUUCCUAUGUUGAAUUAUACAAUCCGACUUAAAACAGAUAGAACAUGUCGAUAUAUUAUGUGUGCAUUUAUUUUACAUAAUUGUGCAAAGUUUUUGAACGAUCCAGAUGAACAUUUUGAUGAAAUGAACAUAGAGGAAGAAGCAGUUAUGCCUGAAUUAUAUGCCGAACCAAACAACCGUGAAGUCCGACGCCGAGGUAUCCAGUUUAGAAAUGAAAUUGCAACACUAAUGUACAUACAGCGUUGA